UAGCCAGUACCUCUAGCUACAGCUACAGUCAGGACCGCUAGCUUUCUGUACGUCGAGUGAUUGUAGAUUUGCACGCAUAUCACGUUGCCUGAUUUUAAUGUCAGGCAUUGUGUGGCCACAUGAAGGUAUUUUUGGUGGCAGCGUACUACAAUUUUCGAUCACAGAACUGUAGGCAAAGAACUCCGCCAUAAGAUCGGAUAUCUCCUGCGAUAGGCUACUGAUGCAUUCGAGUUCCUGAGCGGUGGAAGCGAAGGUUGGCAGAAAUUGUUUUGCACAGACUUGGUCAGACGCCAAAAUCUACGGGAGCUCGUAGGAUGCGAUGCUGAUGAUUUCGAGAUGCGUCAUAAGAAAUAGAAACACUCAUCCAUUAUCUGAUUAUAACAAAGAUAAUAUAUACAUACAUACAUCAAUAAAUCUCGAUUGAGUUACACUAUGUGGGCCAAUACUGUUAAAUAAUAUAAACUUUAAGUCUCUUAUAAAAUGAAGUUAUUUCAAGAGUAUUAGAUACAUGUUGAAAUUUGCGACUGUGGCAUUAUCGUUACUCGUGGUCUGUGUGAAAGGGUACGAUGAAAAAUUCGAUAAAAUCGAUAUCGAUAAAGUGUUAAAAGAUGACACAUUGUUUACCGCUUAUUUAAACUGUUUCCUCGAUAAAGGACCAUGUACUGAGGAGUAUUCAUCAGAAUACAAAGAAAUGUUACCGGAAGUAAUGUCGGACGGCUGCGCGAAGUGCACUAAAAUACAAAAAGAAAACUUUAAAAAAGUAUUGAAAGAGGUAUUUGAAAAUAAAAAAGAUGUAUUAAUGGAAAUCAAGAAGAAAUAUGACCGUAACGAUGAAUACGACGAUAACAUCAGAAAAAUAUUAUCAGAAUAAGAUCUCGUUAUUAAAUUCAAUUGAAAUGUUUUCAUUGACUCCGAAAUUGUAACGAUUUGAAACUAAUAAAUUGUUAAGCAAACUAUA